ACAUGUCUAUAUGUUUUUCUUUCUAGGCACAAAGCAGUGGCACUUGAUAAGUCACCUGCAACCUGAAACAUCUUAUGAUAUUAAAAUGCAGUGCUACAAUGAAGGAGGUGAAAGUGACUACAGCAAUGUGAUGAUCUGUGAGACCAAAGUGAAGCGCACACCUGGAGCAUCAGAAUACCCAGUGAAGGACCUUAGCACACCACCAAAUUCUCCUGAUCGUGGAGUUGGGAGUAAUGCUGGUCAACCAAAUGGUCCUGUCCGAAGCAGUGACAUGUUAUACCUGAUUGUGGGCUGUGUCCUUGGAGUGAUGGUGCUCAUUCUGAUAGCCUUCAUUGCUAUGUGCUUGUGGAAGAAUCGCCAGCAAAUUGCCAUGCAGAAGUAUGACCCUCCUGGUUACCUUUACCAACGUGCUGAUAUCAAUGGGCAAAUGGUUGAGUACACGACAUUACCAGGCACAAGUCGUAUCAAUGGCAGCAUACAUGGAAACUUUAUCAGUAAUGGAAACCAUAAUAAUGGUUGCCUUCAUCUCCAUCACAAGGUUCCUAAUGGAACGAAUGGAAUCAUGAAUGGUGCUGUAAAUGGAGGAACUGUUGUUUAUCCAAGGCACACUAACUCCCUGUCCAGAGCACACAUGGAAUAUGAACACACCCACCACCUCGGAAAUGUAAGUAAGCCCUAGAUGUUGGAGGCCUUGUUUCUUGAACGUAAUACGAAAUGAAGUCUUAGGAAAUGGAAAGCAUUCAUCACUUAACAAAAAUAUGUUGAAAAUUCCAUAACAUGGCAUGCUUUGUGAAGCUUAACUUGCUGGAAUUGCCUCAUAGAGCUUUUACUGCACUGUUAGGGGUUAGAAUCUUCAUUUUUAAACAGCAUUUUUAACACCCAAUAUUAAUGUUUUGCUAACCUGGUGAUUACAGAGAGGCUCGAAAAGGUUGGCUAAAAGAUCAAGCAUAGCAAAUAUGCUGUCUUUCAAUUCUCAUCGUUUCUUGUGACUCUGCCAAGUUUUUCAGAAUAAAGAUGUUAUGCAUGCAUGUGUGAACCUGAUGGGGUGAACAAACGCCACUGAAAAGUUUUGCGUUAGACUUGGUUGAAGAAAGUUGUGCCUUUAGUGAUCUGUUUUUAUAUUAUAUAUGUGCAUGUCAUCAAUGGUGAUUUUUUAUGUGUGAACCAGCAUAUAGAUAGAUAGAGGUAACUUGCAUAAGUGUAAUUUCCCAUGUACUAGUCUGUUUUGUUUUGUUUUUUUGUUCUUGAAGACUGUCAGCCUAAC